AUGACGGACAACGCGGAAGCGCAGGCCGCCCCUGGCGCCAACGUCGCCGCCCAAGAUGGCGCCCCGCAGCCGGCCCCCGCGGCCGCCGCGGGCGAACCGGCCAACGGCGCCCCGCCCGGCAAGACGCCCGCGGAGGUCCACGCGGCCGAGUCGAAGCGCCGCCAGGAGGACGAGAUCCUGCAGCGAGCGCGUCGCGUGCGCCAAAUGAAGGACGCGGAGCUCGCGGCGCAGAAGGAGCCGUUCCAGCCGCCGAGCCGCAACCGCUCGCACUGGGACGUCCUCCUCCAGGAGGCGCGCUGGAUGGCCACGGACUUCAUGCAGGAGCGCAAUUGGAAGAUCAGCGCGGCGGUGCAGAUUGCGCGGGAGGUGUACGCGCAGAAGGCCUGGAAGAACCUGAAGAAGGUCCCCGACGCAGAGCUGCCGCAGGCCAAGUCGUGGGUCGCCUGCGGGGUGAAGAAGAAGAACGCGUGGAAGGAUUUCGAGGGGGACUGGCAGGCGGUCGACGUGGGGCCGUACUGGCGCGCCGGGCAGGACAUCGAGGCUGAUGCCGGGGCGGCGGCGGCCGGGAGCGGCCGCAGCGGGCGCCGCGGCGGGCGCAAGGGCGAGCCGAAGGCCGCGGGCGACGAGCGCGGGCAGUGGGAGCCCGACCCGAUCGACCCCGACCUGCCACAGCCUGCGCCGCCAGCGACGGCCCCCGGCGCGGCGCACUUCGCGUACGCGUGCCCGCCGACGCUGGCGAACUCGCUGGCGAGCGACCUCGAGGCCGAGGAGGCGAAGCUGCGCGCCAAGCACGAGGCGGAGCUGAGCGACCACGAGGUGGAGCUGGAGGCGUGUCGGCGUGCGCAGGAGGCGGCGCGCGCGGCGAUGGCGCAGGAGGAGCGCGCGCGGGCGGCGGCGGCCGCGCAGGACGCGGCGGCGGCGGGGCGGAAGAGCGGUGCGCGGAAGCGGGUCCCCGGGAAGCAGGCGCGGCGCGCGGGGGGCGAGGACGACGGGGAGGACCUGUACGGCGUGCGGCGCGGGCGGAGGGGGGUGUCGGACGUGGACGACGAGGAGAUGGACGGCCGCGGGGGCCGCGCGGCGAAGCGGAGGAGGGACAUGGACGACGACGCGGCCGAGUCGACCGGGCCCGCGCGCUCGUCCAAGCGCCGCCAGGGGGCGGCCGCGGGCCGCACGCCGCCGCGGGGCGCGGGCCUAUGCAGCAGGCGCGCGCGCAGGUCGACCCGCGCAGCCUCCGCGCGCGCGGCGGACGCGGGAUGGCCGGCGCGCCGGUGCUGCCGUGGACCCCGCAGGAGGACAACAUCCUGCUGGCGACGGUGCACGAGUUCGGUUCGAACUGGCUGCUGGUCGCGGACAUCGUGUCGUCGACCAACCAGCUGUCCGGGGUGUUCCGGCGGUGCGACCACUGCCGCCGGCGCUUCAAGGAGCUGCAGGAGAGCGGCGCGGUGGCGCGCAUGGGCAAGCAGGAGGCGCGCGAGGUGA